GUAUCCGACCCUAUAAGGUACAUACACCCCUGAUAUCAUACAUGUUAAGUUAUUGAAAUAAGCAUUGCAGUACUUGCGUAUGAAUAACACCGAUUGAAUUUCAUCGGUAUGAAAACACCGCUAAAACACUGUAGCCCGAACUUGCCAAAUAGUCCCAUUUCCGUUCUCGUAAUUAUUUAGUUUGAAAUUUGAGUAAUGUUGAAAAAUAUAUAUGUGUGUGUCAAACCCAUGAUGUAAAAUAAAAUGAGCCAUCGGCAAACUUCGGAUUUUUAUUUUCCUUAACAUAUCGGAAGGAGUACAUAUGUAUACAUAAAUUCAAUAUAUUAGAGUACUGUACGAAGACCUAUAGUAUGUAAAUGCUAAGCUACGAAAACUCUUGGAGUUCUUUGUCACGGGUGAAAUUUGUUAGAAAAUUGUUUUAAAAAACCCUUACCAUUUACGUGUGGUUCUUGUCAUCUGGCCAUGUCUGUCGUGAUCUCGGAAACUACAAAACUUAUUGAGGUGUAUGAGGAACUUAUGUAUAUCAAACUUCGUGUAUACGGGCGAACGGCAGACGGACGGAGAGGUUGACCAGUGAAUUUAUAAAAUGGUGCUUCAAAAACGCUUCAUCUAAGUGUAACGGAUAUAAAUUAAUCUAACCGUUUAUAUGCGCCGCUUAAGUUUUGCCGAAUGAUCAAUGUUAUAUCAUUUUCAAGUCGAAUAAUGCGAGUGCACUCAGUUUGAGUCAUUUUUUCGCACAGCCCGCAGUGCACAGUGCUCAGUUGGUCGCAGUUUGAAAUCCGAAGACGACGAUGGCGGAUGGCGCACAUCCCAAUCCGCCGUACUUCAACCGCGUACCCACAGUUGGCGUGAUGUGCAUCGAUAUUGCCACGCGACUGCGGCAGAACUUUGGUGGGGCAUACCACAGCUAUAUAGCUGCGUCCUAUGUCAAGUUUUUAGAGGCAUCCGGUGCCCAUGUCGUGCCCAUUUGGAUCGGUCGAGAACGAGCUUACUAUGAGAUGAUUAUGAGUCAGUUAAACGGCAUCCUUCUGCCAGGAGGAGCCGUGUUCAUCGACGAGGCUGAUAGGCAGGCGAAUCCGGAUCUGACCAGCGAUUGUGUCCGGAGUGCCGAGCUCAUUUACCAACUGGCCAUGGAGCGUAACCGGCGGGCGAAGAAACUCGAUGAUCCUGGCGGAUACUUUCCAGUUUGGGGAACUUGCCUUGGCUUCCAGUUGCUCCUUAUUCAUGCCGCCGAAGCACCGAAUAUUCGAAUCGGCUGCCAGCCCAUGAGGGAAGCGAUGCCAGUAAAACUAGUCGAUGACUACCAAUAUUCACAGCUCCUUGGAAAUCUGCCAGGGUCGGUUGCCGAUCAGAUGGAGAAGCACCCAUUUGCCUGCCACCAGCAUCAGUACUGCAUCACCAAAGAGAGUUUGGAAUCCUUUGGUCUAGCUAGGGACUGGCAUCCUCUAGCCACUCAAAAGGAUACUUCAGGGCUGGAAUUCAUCACGAUUGUCGAGCACCGGUAUUUUCCCAUCUUUGGAUGUCAGUUUCAUCCAGAGCGCGCUGCGUUUGAGCAGCUUUUCAACUCGAAGGACCAAUGUUACAUGGCGCAUUCCCAUAUUGGCAUCGAGUUGGCCCAAAUCUUCGGCAGUCGGUUCGUUGACUUCUGCCGCCGCAACAAAAAUCAGUUCGCAAGUGCCCAAUUAUUAUCCCGACACCUAAUUUGGAACUGGCAACCCGUUUUCUCUGGAAAGUUUAAGGACUCCAACUGGCAGCAGAGCUAUCUUUUCGAGAAGAACGUGGACUAUUUGGAAGACCGAGAUGAUGCUGAGGAGCUCAGCCUAUCUUAGGCUUUGUGAUACACGAGACUUAAUAUACCUAAGGUGUUCAA